AAUGAAGAAUUAUGAAUACAAAGGAAAUGAGUUGGUUUUAUAAUUGAAUCUAGUGAUAUAUGGAGAUAUUCUAAUAAAGUUUUUCCAUUGUGGAAGUUUAAGAUUGAAAUUUAUGUUUAGAUUGGCAUUCAAUACAUGCAUGAUUGAUGAAUCUAAGAUAAUAAUUCCAAUAGAAAUGUCAAAUUUGUUAAUAGGAGAUGUAAUCAGAAUAAAAUACUUGGAAUUUAGUGUAACAGAUAAUGAAUAUAUGUAGAUUGAAAGGAAUAUCGAAAGUAUAAAUUGAUGCAGAGC